AUGGAUCCAAGAACUCCUCAGACUGGUAUUUAUCCCCAACAAUAUUCAAAUGCAGAUGAUCAAAAUAAUGCGCAUUUACAAGCUUAUAGUAGCAACUCAAACCCUAUGAUGUCAAUUGCGGAAACUAGGUCUGUUUAUCCAGUACCAGUUGAAUCUCCAAGAUCUAUAACAGGAAAUGAUAUGCCUGCUGCAAAACGUUUUGCUCUUGCUCCUACAACAACUCAAUCUAUACAAAACAUCUACCCUAAUUUAAUUCAAAAUCAAUCCCAAUUAGCUCCAGAUCAACUUUAUGGUGGUAGUAGUAGCAUUUUCCCUAAUCCAUUGAUAAAUACUGUAAGAACCAUAAGCACCCUGCCAACUCGAACAAAUUUAAGUACUGAUGGUUCAAAUCAUUAUAAUUUAAUAAAUAAUUCACAUCCUGCUGCUCAACAGAUUAAUCAAACUAUCCAUAACUCAAUUCAUCCAUUUAAUAAUCAAAUGGAUUGGUUAGAAUUAACUAAUGAUGAAGAUAUUGAUUAUGAUUUUAAUUAUAAUACUGACUCAACUACUCCUAGCAGUAAUAGUGUAGAAGGAAGUAUACCAGAUUGGACUCAGAGUACCUUAUUACAAAAAAAUAUAAAUUAUCCAAAUCAAAAUCCUUCUUCUAAAUCCUUGUAUCCACUAAUUAGUCCAAACACCAAAAUUAGAUCAAGAUCAAGAAUUAGGCUCACAAACAGUUCAUUCUACAUUACAAAUAUUGAUGAUUCUAAAUAUACCAAUUCGAGCAUACUUUCUGUUCCAUCAAAUAAUACUGUUAAUCUUAUUAGUGAUAGUGAUGACAAUAACAGUGGAGGUAGUAGUAGUAUUGCACAAGAUUUAUCUCUAAAAAAUAUUCAAAGUUCAGUCCAAGCAUCAUCCAGUAGCAUUGGAGAUAAUAAUGGAUCCUCUAUAAGUUCAAAUCAAUAUAUUAAUUCUUCUAAUUCUUCUGGUUUUCUUGUAAAUGUCAACUCUAAACAACCUUUGAAUGACAUAAAUCAACAGCAGCAGCAACAUAAUGAUGAUUUAAAUCAACAAUCUGCUGCAAUUAUACCAACCAAUUUAUUGAAUAUUUCACAACUACCACCAAUACUUCAUUUACCAACUAAUCAAGGAAUAGCUUGCAAAAUAAAUUGUCAAGUUAAUGAACAAUCUGAAAAAAAUCCUUCUGUUUCCAAUAAUAUAUUGCCAACACUUUUAGUUUUAUCACAAUCUCCUAAUCAAUCAUCCUCAUUGCCAACUACAAACCCUAUUAACACCAAAACCAUUAAACCACCAAGAUUAAUUUAUGCACCAAAAACACGUAGAGUGGACAGUUAUGGUGGUUUAAAUUUGACAGUUUUUGAAAGGUUGCCAUUGCCCUUAGUCAUACCAAGGAUUCAAGAUUUAGGUGUAGUUGAUAUUCAUGCUCUUACAAUGUCAUUAAAAUCAGGAAUGAAAUUAGAAGUUACAAAUGCACUUAACACAUUAACAAUAAUUUCAAGUUAUAAAAAUGCAUUGUUAGAUUUGAAUAGAUGUGAUGAACUGGUUGAUGUAUUGAUUGAUAUAAUAAUGGAAUAUUUGGAUUGUGUAUCAAUCAAUUAUUAUUGUUAUUCUAAUGAAUCUAAAGGGGAAAAUUCAUUACCAAAUAAUAAAUUUUUGACAUAUUUAGAGUUAUUUCAACAAUCAAAAAGAGAAUGUGAAGAGUUUUCAGAUGUUGAACUUGAACAAUUUUCUAUUUCAGAAGGAUGGUUACAAUUACAUGAACAGUGUUGGUGUGCAUUGAAUAUAAUUAGGAACUUUUCUUUUAUACAUGAGAAUCAUAAAUAUUUAGCACAUCAUCCAAGAAUUUUAGGAACAUUUAUGGAAAUUUUAUAUCUUGGAUCAAUUGAUAAUUAUGAUUGUAAAUUCAAAUUUUUUGUAAUGAUUCUAAAUAAAUCUUCAAGAACAGAUUUACAUAAUAAAAAAAGAUAUGCAAGGAAAAAAGCUUAUGAUAUAUUAGAAUAUCGUAAAAUUGUUUUAAUAAUUUUAUCAAAUAUUGCAGGAUAUGUCUCAAUGCCUUCAAUACUAGCAGCAAGAGAUCUUCUAUUGAUAAUUUCUGAUUUUCUAAAUAAUUCAGAUGAUUAUUAUGCACAGAUAGCAUUAGAAGUUUUAUCCAAGUUGACAGUCUCAUAUGAAAAUAGACAGAAAGUUAGUGAAUGUGAUGAGGAUACAUUGAAAUCAAUUUUUGAAAAGCUUGUAAGGUUAUUACCAAAAGUAGAAAGUGAUAUUUAUAGUAGAUAUAAUUAUAAUGGCAAUAUUAUAACGCAUACAUCAUCAUUUCAAGAAUUACCAUUCUUAGCUACCUUAAUAAUGUCAUUUUUUAAUUUUGCAAGUUUGAAUAAUGAAACAAUGAAAAAAAGGAUUAUAGCCACAUCAGGGUUUAUAAAUCGAAUGCUUAAAAUGACAUUGAUAUUGGCAAGCAUUAGAAAUAUUAGAACAGGUGCUAAUGAAGAAGAUUGUGUUAUGUUGGCUAGAAGAUCAAUGGAAAUGCUCAAAGUAUUGGCUAAAGGAAAUAAAGAAAGUUUUCUUUUAUAUAAUGAACAGUUAUUAAAUGCUUUAUUAAUUCCAUAUAUUGAUCCUGUUGUAGUAAAAGAUUUAGAAACCAUUGUUAUUUAUCCAGAAGCAUUAAAUAAUAAUGAUGAUAAAAUAUUUAAUGCAAAAAAAAAAUUAUCCAAUUUGCUAGUCUUUUUAUGGAUAAGAUGUUUAUGGCAUGAAGAGGUGGAUCUUAUGACUGAUCAUUUUAAAGAACAUGAUGAUGAAGGAUUUAAUGCUAUCAUAAUUCAUGAUAAAACUCAUCAAGGGGGCUAUUAUCAUCAAACAAAUUCUAAUCAGCAUCCUAUACAUAUUAUUCCACCAAACGAGACAGGGAGGUACACAGAGCAAAAUAAAAUAUUUUAG